CUCCCGGGGUCUAACACCACCGCACCAGAGCAACCAUCCAUUUGAGCCACCACCGGCGGCGGCGACAUGGGUUCCCUGCUCAUACCGCUGCUGGUACGCGUGGCGGCCAAGGCCGGCGACGCGCUGGUGACCGAGCUGCUGCGGGCAUGGGGGCUGGACAAGUCCCGCCAGAAGCUGGAGCGCCACCUCGCGGCCGUCCAGUCCAUCCUGCUGGACGCCGACGCCAAAAGCCACACCAACCCCGCCGUCCGACGGUGGAUCAAUGAUUUCAAGACCGCCGCCUACCAGGCCGACGACGUCCUCGAUGACUUCCGCUACGAGGUGCUGCGCCGCCGUGACGCUCAGCUCCGCUGCUGCUCCACCACACGCAAGGUGCUAAGCUACUUAACCGUCAAUAGUCCUGUUGUUUUCCGUCUCUCGAUGAGUAGGAAGAUGAAGGAUGCUCUUGAAAUGAUUGAUGAACUGGUCAUGGAGAUGAACAAUUUUCACUUCCUACAACAUGCCGAGGUACCAAGCAUCAAUCAUCCGCAAACAUACUCUCAUAUUGAUGAAUCCAAGAUUGUAGGCAGACAAGAUGAGAAGGAACGAGUGGUGAAGAUAUUGCUUGAGCACUCCGACAAUAGUAGUGAUGAUGCUGAUAAUAAUGUCUUGGUGCUCCCCAUAGUUGGUAUGGGGGGGAUUGGUAAGACUACCCUUGCCCAACUUGUGUACAAUGAUCAGAGGGUGAAGCAUCAUUUUGAGUUGGUCUUAUGGGUCUGUGUCUCUGACAAGUUUGUUAUCGAAGAAAUAAUCAGAUCUAUAAUAGAAGUGGCCAUGAUGAAGAAGUGUGAUUUCACUCAGAUGGAGGCACUGCGAAAGGAACUUUGUGAAGUUUUGGGCAAUAAAAGGUACCUCCUAGUAUUGGAUGGUGUUUGGAGUGAAGAUGGACAAAAGUGGGAGGCCAUGAGAUCAUUGCUAAACUCACAUGCUGGCUCAGGUAGUUCUAUAAUUGUGACAAGCCGAAGCGAUCAAGUUGCUUCUAUCAUGGGCACACUUCCUCCACGUAAAAUAUCACUCCUAAAUGAGGAUCACUCAUGGGAGCUUUUUCACAGAAACACAUUUGGAAGGGGAGUGGAAAAGCAAGAGGAAUUGAUUUCAAUGGCUAAGAGUAUUGUCGACAAGUGUAAGGGAUUGCCUCUUGCUAUCAAAACCAUGGCAACUUUACUUCAUUCCAAGCAUCACAAUCAGUGGUUUUCUGUUCUGGAAAGUGAUGUCUGGAUGAAUGAUGUACUAGCAACCGGGGUUAUACCUGCACUACAACUGAGCUAUGAUCACUUGUCAUCGGAAGCAAAAAUAUGCUUUUCCUUUUGUGCCAUUUUCCCCAAAGAUAGCAUGAUGAAUAAGGACACGUUAAUCCAGCUAUGGAUGGCAAAUGACUUUAUUGCAUCAGAAGCAAGAGGCCAACAAAUUUUUGAUGUGCUAGUUUGGAGAUGUUUCCUACAAGAUGUGGAAGUUCAAAACAAUAGAUUCAUCCACCAACCAACUACUUGCAAGAUGCAUGAUCUCAUGCAUGAUCUUGCUGACUCAAACCUUCAUCAUGUCAAGACAACCUGCAAGGAUCCACAGAUGCUCGUACAUUACAACAUGAGGUUCGGCAUUUGUCAUUACUGUAAAUAUCUUGAGAAAUUACCAGAAGGGAUGAGAUAUAUGAGUAGUCUUCGACACAUCUUCCUCAUUCAAUGUGAUAGUCUGAAGUGCAUGCCACAAGGUAUUGGUCAGCUGAAUUCUCUAGUGACAUUAACAAAUUAUGUCAUUGGUAGUGAUGCAGAUCGCGGAAUUGAUCAAUUGAGAGAUCUGAAUCUGGGUGGUGCUCUUUCUUUGACUGAUCUGAGAAAAGUGCAUAGUGCAGAAAAUUCUAAACAAGGCAAUAUGUCUUCCAAGCAUAAUUUGAAACGAUUGUCACUCGACUGGUAUGGACCUUCUAGCAUAAAUGUUGGAUAUGAAGUAGAUACUAAUGCAGAAGGAAUAUUAGAGGCCCUUCGUCCUCACAAAAGGCUUGAAGUUUUAAUGUUGUCCAAUUAUACUGGUGCUAAAUUAUCAUCAUGGAUGAACAACUCUACACUGCUAGAACAUCUCAGUGAACUUUCUCUGACUGGAUGCAAGAAUUGCAAGGAUCUUCCACCAUUAUGGCAGCUGCCCUCCCUCGUGAGCUUGUGUUUGAAUUAUUUUGAUAGCUUGGCAAGUAUAUGCAUUGUUAAUCAUGAUACACACAAUGGGGAAUCAUGUAUUUCUCCACCACCUAUUUUUGGUAAAUUGGAAACUAUGGUAGUUUCAAACAUGCCUAAGCUAGAGAGAUGGCACCAAGAGAUGGCGGGACAAGAAGCGGAUGUAUCAUUCCCUCGUCUCAAGAAGCUAAAUAUUUCUAAAUGCCCAAUGCUAGCAAGCAUGCCCAAGGUGCUCCCUUUGCUUGAAGAUCUAGUGGCAAGAGACAUUCCCCUUUACCAUCUGAUGAAUCUGUCUGUGCAGUCUAAUCUUGAGUGCAAAGGUUCCAUUGAAGUGGAACCUGCGGUUGGUCAGUUGAUUGUUGAUGACCUUCAUUUUGACCUUCAUUUCUCGAUGUCUAUUGAUUCUUAUGUGUUCCUGAGACUGAGAGGUUUGACGGACAAUGUAGAGCGCUUUCAAGGGGAGUUGAACAAAGUCCCUUCCAGAUUUAUUAAGAACCUGACUAUAAUAGAUUGUGAUGGCCUUUUCUCAUCUGAACCAUGCCAAAUGCAACGAGAUAUAUGGAACCAUUUUGGUUUUGUUGAAGGAAUGUUGGUUUCAUGCAUCAAUAAUAUAGUACAAUGGCCAGCGGCAAAAUUGGGAAACUUGAAUCAUCUUCGAGAUCUACAUUUUUCUGGUUGCUCCAACUUAACUGGUUCACUUACAUCAACAAUAUCUGAUAGGGAAAACAUCCUGCUUCCUCCACUCCAGAGUCUUACAAUUACGGAUUGUGAGAAAUUGUCGGAGGUUCCAAAGUUGCCUCCAUCUCUUGAAAUUUUGUCGAUCUCUUUUUGUCCCAACCUCGUGUCCAUGGCAACAAUUCGGAAUGUCGACAAAUUGAAAGCAUUGAGUGUGCUUGAGUGUGAAGCCCUGACGACAUUUCCAGAUGGAGAUUAUGGAGUCACUAAACUCGGGACGUUGGAAAUGCAGCGGUGCCCAAGGUUAGAGACACUACCAGAGGGACUCCUGCAGCAGCUCCCAGCCCUCAAGAUGCUAUGGAUCAGAGACUGCCCCAACUUGGAAGAGGAAUUCUCAAGAGGAGGCGCUUACUGGAAUUUUGUUGAAGCAAUUCCAUACAGAUAUGUUGGCGUUCAAGAUCAGUCCAUGGACCCAAGCGCUAAAUGCUUCACUUGCCUUUGAUUGGGAUGACUAUGUCAGUGAUUGUAGGAUUAUUUAUGCGUUCCGGGGGUGAUCCUCCUUCUCAGAAAAAAAAAAGGAUUGAUGUAUUUGUUCAGUCCGUUAAUUACGUAUGUACAUGUCAAAA